GCCUGGCUGCAGCAGUAUGGCUACCUGCCCCCCGGGGACCUGCGCUCCCAGCCGCCGGGCUCGGGGCGGGGCCUGGCCGCCGCCCUGGCAGCCAUGCAGAGCUUCUACGGCCUGAAGGUCACCGGCACCAUGGACCCCGAGACCCUGCGGGCCAUGAGGAGGCCUCGCUGCGGGGUCCCAGACCGCUUCGGGCCCCAGGCCAAGGGCAGCCUCCGGCGGCGCCGAUUCGCCCUGCAGGGCAGCAGGUGGCAGAGCAAGGAGGUCACCUUCUGCAUCCAGAACUUCACCCCCAAGCUGGGCCGGGCCCGCACCUUCCAGGCCAUCCGCCGGGCGUUCCGGGUGUGGUCGGCGGCCGCGCCCCUGCGCUUCCGGGAGGUGGCGCAGGAGGAGGUGGCGCAGGGCCGCGCCCCCCCGGCCGACAUCGUGCUGCUCUUCGCCGAGGGCUUCCACGGGGACAGCUCCCCCUUCGACGGCCCCGGCGGCUUCCUGGCCCACGCCUACUUCCCCGGCCCCCACCUGGGGGGCGACACCCACUUCGACGAGGCCGAGCCCUGGACCAGCGCCAGCACCGACCUGAGCGGCCACGACCUGUUCCUGGUGGCGGUGCACGAGCUGGGCCACGCCCUGGGGCUGGAGCACUCCAGCGACCCCUCGGCCAUCAUGGCUCCCUUCUACCAGUGGAUGGACACCGAGGCCUUCGUGCUGCCCGAGGACGACCGCCGCGGCAUCCAGCGCCUCUACGGGGGCGGCUCGGGCCCCGCCCCCAGCUGGCCGCCGGUGCUGCCCGGGACCACCCCCCCGGGGGCGCCAGGGGGUCCCUACGGGCCCCGCAUCUGCGAGGGAGGCUUCGACACCAUCGCCCUGCUGCGGGGGGAGAUGUUUGUCUUCAAGGACCUGUGGUUCUGGAGGGUGCGGCAGGGGCGUGUCCUGCCCGGCUACCCGCUGCCCAUUGGCCAGUUCUGGGUGGGGCUGCCCCCCGGCAUCGACGCAGCCUACGAGAGGGGAGAUGGGAAGUUCGUGUUCUUCAGAG